AGCUGCUGUUCUGCUCAAGGCGUCCUUUGAAGGUAUAGGUUUUAGGUAUGGGAAAGGCAGCGGCGAAACGGCCGGCUGCAAAGGGGCGGGCGCGGGCGAAGGGGAAGAGGCGGCCUUCGGGCGAGCCUAAAUGCCCGAACUGCAGGAAGGCGUACCUCACGCAACUGCGUGCGGAAAGGCUGGUCGCGUUGUGGGCGGAGGCAGAAGGGGUGAAGUGGCAGAGGCAGGGCCAACUGAAACGUUGGACCCUAUGCCUGGGGUGCCACAAGAAGAGGUGGCCGGAGGAGACAUGGCCAAGAUCCUUACAGAAAGCGCCAGAGGAGUUAGUGCACCACACUGUAGCAGAUGCCUUUGCAAACAUGAGUCGCACCUUAAAGAGAUUGCAUAUCUCCGAGGAAUUGGACUCCUUUUCCCUGACUGAAGGGCAAUUGGAAGCAAUCCGUAGUACUCUUGCGCACCUUGCCGAUCCGCAAGUGCAGGACAUAGGUUCCACACUGGCCAAGGGCUUGAAGUUGUACUUUGAGAUCGAGGGGGAAAACGCUGGGAAGGAGGGCAUGAAACUGCACCUGCUUCAAACGUUGCAGCCGCAGAUCGCAGAGAUUCGCAGCCUCUGGCGGGAGGUGAAGAUGGGUGCACUGCACGGACCUGGCCUGGGCUGGGGCGUCUCUGUGGAUCCCUCGCGGCUCUUCCUGGUGCAAUCCUUUGAUCCCUUCCAGAGAUAUUGGCCCGGCAACUCUGAUUUGCUUUGCCAAAGCUUAGCAUCUUGCGUGCAGGAGGGCAGCCAUGAAGAAAUUAGGACUUUACUGCUGCAGAUGCAGGCGCUCUUGAGCACAUUUGGUUUGAACGUCCAGGCGCUAUGGCUAACGUUGGCACUUUUUCUGCCAGCCGCUGCAAGUGAGUCUUGUGAUGGCGAUGUGUCACAGAUGCUGCAGAAGAGCGCAGUGGCAAAGGGCGCCAUAACUCGUCUCCCGCUGGAUGAGUUCGAGCAGUUGGCGCAAAAGCUGUUGGAUCUAAAGGGAGCCUGCAGAAAUGCUACCGAAGAUUGUUUGCCCCUGCUAAGGGUGGUGCGGUCGACGGUUUGGCCCAGAGUGAAUUUGCUGACAGGCCUGGACAACGAGCCGGAGGUGAACGCCUUCCGCGCUGAUGUCGCUUUAGCCCGGUUGCGAGGGAGGUGCCAGAAUUUUCCACAUGCCAUGGGCUUUAUCAAUGUUUGGAAGUCCGGCACGGAUGAAAGUAUUGAGAAGCUGAAAAACAUCAGCAGCUCUUAUCAUCCCAUGCGCAACAACGCCACCUUCUGCCAGAUGCUGGACGAGGUCAACCCAACGCAGCGCAGUAUCGUGACCUUUGUCGAGGAACCGCUCGGGCGCUUCAUCUCUGGUUACGCGCAGAUGGAGGUCAGUAGCCCCUACUCGGACUACUGGUCGGAGCGUUCUGAGCGUUCUGAGCGUUCUUCGGCCGCCCGAGGCUUCCUGGAGCAGUUCUUCAGCGACGGCCUGCUGCGUAACGGCCAGGUGAGAUCUCAAUUGGAAUUCUUGGCGCCUCAUGAGUUGGGCUGUGCGAAGAAAUUCGAUUUCAUUGGUAAGGUUGAGGAGCCCAAAGCCUUCAGUGAGUUCCUGGCCUCCAGGCAGUGCGAAGAUGCAGACCACGAGGUGCAACAGCAGUCUCAAUUGGGGAUCAAGAACGAAACUGAAACAUGGUGUGCUUUAGCACAGGGUGACUUCAGGCUGGUUUUGUGGCAACGCAAAGCGUACCAGUCGGACCUCUUUUCCUCCAGAAAUCUGGAUUCUUGGCAAGCUCCACGCAGUUUUCAGAAUGACUGGGUGGUGGCAGGGACCAGCAGUGGGGCGGACACUCCCUACAUGGCCUUGCAGAUGAUCUUCGAUGCUGCUGGUCAGAGUGAUCGUCUUGUGCAUCUGUUGGCUUCCGAGAUUCAUCCGAAGAAACGGCAGUUCCUGAAGGACAACUUCAAUGUUCGGCAGCUGACCGAUUCAGUGUUGAAACAAAACAACAAGGACCUGAUCGAAAAGGUCAGUGUUUACGCUUCGGGGUUCCCAUGUACCCCAUAUUCCAGCCUUGGAACAUUGGGCCGCCUACAAGACCCCAACGCGAAGCAGCUGCUAGCAUGCGUACGCCGAAUCAAGAGAUGUCGGCCGAAGAUCUGCGUACUUGAGAAUGUCAUGGGCUUCCUGGUUGUUGCCGAGAAGGUCGCUAAAUUUAUCGAAGCCAAUGUGCCGGGGCGAAGGUAUGGAGCACCUAUCUCAAGGAAGAGGCUAUACCUGGUCAUGAUUGAAAAUUCUGUGAUGCGGGAGGAGGUCAAGCAACAGGAUUUCACUGACUACAUCAAGAAGAAGAAUGAGCUUCUCUUGCCGUCGGACCACCCAGCUGUUUCUCGAGAUAUGGAGAAACGACGUCAACAGCGCACGGCGGCAGCAUCCCAGAAAGUUCCCAAAGGGGCGAAAUGGGUCAAGAGACACCGUGGGUGGGCAAAGAAGAAGCAGGUGUCGGUCAAAAAGGUGAACAGGGAGAAACUGUUCGCAAAGAAGUAUCGAAAAGCUGCCACUCAAAUCACAAGCCACCGUGAGAUGGAGGUCCUUCACAGCAUGGGUGGCAAUGCUAUGGCCCUGCGUGCUGUCCUACCUUGUAUGCUAGCAGCCAUGUCAGCAUGUGACCCCGAAAAGCUGUUAGUGCCGCAUGGAUGCUUGGGCACAUUGCCUUGGGGUGGGCAAGCACCGCCUUGGGCGGUGCCGAAACACCUUUCAAGGAAGAGAUGGCAGAUCUUUAACUGGACGUGGGGGACCAGCGGCGCCUGCGUCGGUGAAGUCAUCGAGCGUGAGCAAUUUUCUGAUCCAUCUUUACUGGACUGCGGCAGAACCGAUGUCUACAGGGAUGUGAAGAGAUACUGUGAGCUCAGCCAGCAAUUGUUGAAUCACUACUUGAAAACUCUGCAGGACCGCCAAACUUACUGGACAGCACGUGAGCGUGCAAAGACGGUUGGGGAUCUUCUUGUUUUGAACAUCGAUAGCUAUGACAAAGCUAAAGUCACUCUCCCCCGAUGGCCGUUUCAACGUUGCCCCAAGAGGGCUAUUUAUGAUCAAGUUCGUCGUACCUCUAUGACUUUGACUGGGUGCAUCGUUCACGGAUACGGUGUUUUCCUUUACCUUGUUGAUGAAGGUUUCCCCACUGGAGCAAGCUGGACGAUAGAGGUUGCCAUGCGUUCCAUUGACAGAGCCUUUGUCAUUGCGCAGAGCAAGGGCAGGCGCUUUCCAGCUGAGUGUUGGGUUCAGGGCGACAACGCCUGCAAGGAAGUUCGAAACUCCUUCACUGGCCGUUGGGCCUCAUUAUUGUGCCAGGGAGGAUGGUUUACAGGUGUGGCCCACCACCAUAUGGUGGUGGGCCACACGCACGAAGACAUAGAUGGUAUCUUCUCCAUUGUGACAUCAUCUUUGAACUCACAGCAUGAUUUGCAGACACCUCGUGACGUUCAAAGGACUUUGAUCCAGAAAAUGCGUCCUCUGUUCGAAAAAUCAGGGCUGCAGUUCGAUUGCGAGCUUGUGGACACAUCCCGGGACUGGUGCCGGCUGAUGCCGGCUGGAGCUACUUUGAAGAACUGCUACCGGGCUCGUAAGGGUGAUGGCGAUGGAGAAGAGACGUUCUGUGUCCCGCAGAGUUUUACUUUUAUGGCCAGGGAAGGCAUGCCCGGUGCUGGGUACGGUUUGGAUCUGGAUGAUCACCUGCCCCGUCGGUUGAGACUGGAACAAGGAGGUAACAGCAAAGACGUUUUUUGCAUGGUCAAGGCCACGAUGGCAGAUGAGCGGCUGUCCCAGCCACCAAUUCUGGUAUACCCACAAUGCUUUCUUCCUGCAACCCAAGGGUUCUUCAACAGGAUCAACGACACCAACUUGCUCGUGACCGCUUCUUUAGAUCAAGGCCGUUGUGAGGAACUGUCGGAGUUGGCCGAGAACAUCCAGAAAGAUUUCCCGCAUAUGCAGAGAGGUGUGGCAUACCUGAGGUCUCUGAUGGACGGGGAUAGGGUAGGAAAGCCGGUCGACCUCCCAAGUGCAAUGGGGGAGUUGGCUGCUGAUGCGGCUUCUGAUGAAGUGCUUCAGAAGAUCGCAGCGUUCUUCGAGUCAGUCAUUCAGGAUGGCAAUUUUGGAGAGUGGGUCAACAAAACAGAUCGAAAAGUGUUGGACGAGGAGCUCUCACAAGAACAGCUUGAACUACCAGGGGUGGAAGUUGUUCUCAGCAGUUUCCGCUGGGUGCGGUGUGCAUACACACACUUUGAGAACCCGUCAAUGCAUUACCUCCAUGCUCUUCGCAUUCAGCAUGUCACGGCUCAGAAGCAGGCGCCUUCACCCAUAGAUUUCUUGGGGGCCAUGAAGAUGGCGGUGAAUGUGGAAAAGCGCCUUGCGAAGGGCAAGGUCUCGAAUGCAUUGCGGGAU